AUGUGUCGUUUUUUAAUUUUCAAAGGCAAAGAACCGGUGCGUUUAUCACACCUUUUGACUCGGCCUGCGCAUUCGAUCAUCAAGCAGUCGUUUGACAGUCGGCUGCGGCUUGAUACCAGAAGACCUAUUAAUGGUGAUGGGUUUGGAUUGGCAUACUACUCUGCAGACGAAGAACUCGAAGAAGAUGGGCCCUGCAUUUUCAAAGCCAUCACACCUGCCUGGAAUAACCAAAAUCUAGAUGUGCUUGCCGAGAAGACCAAAUCUGCGCUAGUUUUUGCGCAUGUUCGGGCCUCGACAUACGGUGUGCUCUCCGAGACUAACUGCCAUCCGUUCACGUACCACCGCAUCACCUUCAUGCACAACGGCGGGAUUUCCAACUUUCGCAAGAUCAAGAGACGGUUUCUGGCUCAUUUGGACGACGAGUACUUCAACUUAAUCCAGGGCAGCACCGAUUCCGAGUGUGCAUUUGCGCUGUUCCUUGACACUCUGCACAAGAUGGGCUGCAACACUUCUGACAAACGGGGCGAUUUUGGACAUGCUACGCUACGCAAAUGUAUGAUGCAGACGAUUGAGUACAUAAAGGACUGGACCCGUGAGGCCAAUGCGUCGGAUCCCUGCGCAGAGCCUUCCAUAUUGAAUUUUGCCGUUACCGACGGGGCCAGCGUCGUUGUUUCGCGGUAUGUGACGUCCAAGACCGACGAAGCUGCGUCUCUACACUUUAGUUGCGGGUCACGCUUCGUCGAAUCUGCGCCGGGCGAAUAUCGCAUGGAACGUCUGGAUAGAAACCAGGACGUUAUCAUGGUAGCGUCUGAGCCUCUCACAUUCGAACGUGGUGACUGGACUACUGUGCCAACCAAUAGCGUACUCACCAUCAAGAAUCAAACUGUUCUACUGCACCCUAUCGUUGACGAAUACUACCAAGAAGACCCAUUAUACAUUCGCAGCUCAUCACUCGCAGAAAGAAAGGGUCUUAUGGGCUCUGUGCCGCUUUCGAAACCCUUGGAGCGGAACGUGCCACCGUUGGAGAGAGAAGGACGUUCUAGACCGCACACUUCUGCAGUUGGCGCGUGA